AUGUUUGCGAGCCAACGACCAUGUACCCCGCCCCCACCUUCCGCCCUUCGGUUCAGUGAGGACCUUAAAGCAACCCUUGAGGCGUUGGCUACAAUCGAUGUUGUUUCAGUAGCGUUCGAGACGGGGGACACUGUGUGUCAAGACGAUGGGUCCGAGGUUGCCUCCGUCACGUUUAUCACUCAGCAUGGAGACGUGCCCCUCCUCAUAGUGGACGCGUCGCUUUUGGUUGACGACAGCAACGGCGGGGUGAGUACAUGCUACGGUGACCCGAUGUUCGUCUGAAAUUACUUUUGCGCGUACAGAGAAGAGUCACAUACAACACGGCAGGAUCGCCCACCCCCCACCUUCGUCGAGUUUGUUUCAGCUUCGCUCACGUUCGUGCUCACGAAUGCCUCCAGUUCUAUGAACAGAGUAUUCUCCCAUCGACCUGCUGUCGGCCGGCGAAUAUCUGAACCGGAAGGUUAGCUGCCUAGUCAAUUCACGGACAUAUAUUGUUGCCCCUGCCUCAGGCGCCUGGGAGCGGGAACGUUACCGUUGUAGAGGAUGUUCAAGGAACGACGGAGGAAGAGACCUGUUCAAACCACGGGCUAUGUGACAGGCACACGGGAGAAUGUUCUUGCUUUCCAGGAUGGUCGAGCAGUAACGGGGCGGGAGAAAUUGGGGACAGGUCGGACU